CAUCACACAGAUCGCUUGGAUUGUAAUUACGGCAUGUGCUAAAAACAUCAUGUCGGUAGAGUUAAAGUGAAUGAAACUUCGCGGUUCCCCGGCAGAAUCAUUAAUCGGCCACGAAGCAUUUUACACGACCUUUAACUUUUACUUGCGAGGAACAUCUGACUAAAAAUCGGAGCUUUGGACCAGUAAUUGGAGCAUUCAGUUUGUGUUUUCAGCCAUGGGACAAUCGUGGCUGAGCGCCGCGUGGUUUGCUACCCUGUUGAUGUGUACGUGGUGUGUUCAAGAAGGGCUGGCCGAUGUGACUGCGGCACCUGCAUCGGUUACCACACCACAACCAACCAAUUGGAACUGCAAUUUUGAGCAGGGCAUCUGCACCUACAGCCAAGCAACAGACGAUGAUUUUGAUUGGACGAGGGAUUAUGGCGGCACACCUUCCCAGAGUACCGGACCCAGCUUUGACCACACCAAGGGAGACGCCAGUGGCUUCUACAUGUACAUCGAGACGUCCAGCCCCCGCGUCCAAGGCGAGAAAGCCCGCUUUCAGAGUGACAUCAUCCCUGCUGUCACCAGCAGCCGAAUGUGCGUCACCUUCUGGUACCACAUGUAUGGCGAUUACGUCCAAGAUCUGAAGGUCUACCUGAAGACUGGCUCCGGCCUGGGCACUGCCGUCUGGUCGAGGUCGGGAACUCGAAUCGACCAGUGGUAUCGUGGGGACUUUAGUACCACACCCACUGCCGACUUUCAGGUUGUCUUUGAAGGAAUUGUUGGCUCAAGUUUCCAAGCCGACAUCGCCAUAGAUGACAUCGUGGUGACUACCGGUGAAUGCCCAUUGAGAGACUUUUGCGAGUUCCAGGACUCCCAUCUCUGCGGGUUUCUUCAAGACACCAUGGAUGACUUUGAUUGGGUCCAAAACAACGGAGGGACCCCGACGGCCAACACUGGGCCAGCGUUGGACGUCUCAUAUGGAACAGCCUACGGCAAAUACAUGUACAUGGAGGCUACAGGUCAGUCAGCAGGGUCAGUGGCUAGACUAAUGACCCCUUUGGUGACCCCUAGCCCGGGCAUCAGUCGCUACUGUUGGUUCUUCUCCUAUCACAUGUAUGGCAACCAGAUGGGUACCCUGAACGUUAUUCUGAACACAACCACCAACCAACAAACCAUGUGGACCCGUAGCGGAAACCUCGGCAACUUCUGGUCGCUAGGAUAUGCAAAGGUGACCUCCACUCUUCCCUACCGUCUCGUGUUUGAAGGAAUUGUGGGAUCGGGGGACAGGAGCGAUAUAGCCAUUGACGACGUCGGGUUCAACUUGGGGAGCUGUCCGUAUCAGGAAAAUUGCGAUUUUGAGAGUGGCAUGUGUCUGUGGACGAAUCAGGUGACAGGGGACGAUUUUGAUUGGCUGCGGCUCAGUGGCUCAACCACCAGUAGCUAUACUGGCCCAGCUGUCGACCACACCACGCUGGGCCAGAACGGCUACUACAUGUACACAGAGACCAGUUCUCCGCGGGUUCGAGGCGACCGUGCCAUCUUCAAGAGCCCCGAGAUCAUCCCCAGCGCCAACGACCCACCGAUCUGCUUCACCUUCUGGUAUCACAUGUACGGCUUGGACAUCGGCCAAAUGACAGUUUCCGUGGUGACGGAGCCCGGCACUGCAAACGAGGCCACUGUCACAAAUUGGCUGAUGGAUGGACAGCAGAGUACCGAUGAGUACAACUGGCUGAACGGCCAAUUCGAUGUGUCUGAGACCGUACCUUUUCAGAUUGUCUUUGAAGGAGUUGUCGGGGCCAGUUACCAAGGUGACAUCGCUAUUGAUGACAUCGAACUUGUCGAUGGAAAUUGUGGUACUAUUCCGCGAACGGCCGAUCCGUUCCUCUACGUCAACAACUGCACCUGUGACUUUGAGGCUCUCUUCUGUUCCUGGACCCAGGAUGCAAACGACGUCUUUGAUUGGACGCUUACAACAUCAUCCACCCCAUCGCAAGGGACCGGGCCGACUGGAGAUCACACCGGAGGUGGUCACUACGCCUUCAUUGAGACCUCAUCACCUCGUGUCCAGGGCCAAGUCUCCCGCCUCAUCUCCAGUGAUCUCUUUGCGACGGCCCCCCGAUCGGCCUGCUUGGAGUUUUGGUACCACAUGUUUGGAGGGGGGAUGGGUACGCUGACGUUCUACACCUCCACCGGGAGCGGACGGGUGCCGUUCUGGAGUCUCUCAGGCUCUCAAGCCAAUGCCUGGAAAGUUGCUAGGAUAACCGUGUCAUCACCGGUCCAGUACAACAUUGUUAUUGAAGGAGUUGUGGGUUCUAAUUAUCAAAGCGAUGUCGCCAUCGAUGAUAUACUCUACACACUUGGAGCCUGCCCACCAAUCAGAACGUGUACCUUUGAAACUGACAACUGUGACUGGAUGCAGGAAUCCAGCGCAGAUGAUUUUGACUGGACCCGAGUUCAGGCCGGGGCUGCCUCCCAUUCCUCCGGCCAGCUCGUGGACAAGACGACUGGAACGUCAAACGGUUAUGUUAUGUACCUCAAUCCAUCCCUUGGGCAAAACCUGGACCGUGCCAUUAUGUAUUCUGGCUACUACCAACCGUCACUGAUCGGUGAAUGUCUCAAGUUCUGGUAUCACAUGCACGGCUCGGCUGUUGGCACCCUGCGGGUUUACACCUAUGUUAAUGGAGUCUUGGGUCCAGUGCUUUUUGAAAAGUCAGGGGACCAGGACGACGUGUGGCGGUACGCGACGGUGACAUUGAUGAAUUCAACCUAUGAAUUCAGGGCUGCCAUUGAAGGCACGCUUGGAACGAGCCAAACCGCCGACCUGGUCCUAGACGAUGUUGAUAUCAGCGUUGGGCCAUGUGACCCUCCAGGAUUCUGUGAUUUUGAGUCUGGCACAUGCGGUUGGGUGAAUGAAGCAACCCUGGACGAUUUUGAUUUUGUUUGGACACGGGGAGCUGACGCCUCCUCUUUAGCCCCGCCCAAUGACCACACCCUUGCUAGUGAUCUCGGGUAUUACAUGUUAAUAGAGACUGCUGCUAUCCCUACUGGCCGUAAGGCGUGGCUAUUCAGCGAACAUUUCAGCCCUGCCUCUGCCGGUGCUAACUGUUUCACCUUCUGGCUCUACAUCUACGGCAGCGGAGUUGGCAACAUGACUGUCUACGUCAAGGACACAGCAUCCGGGUCGAUGAUGCCUCUUCACACCGAGUCCGGAAAUCGCGGUAGCCUCUGGCACGAGAUCUCGGUCACCAUUAUCAACAAUGCCGAGUUCCAGGUGUAUCUAGAAGGCGUGGAGGGACUGAAUGCAAGCACAGCAAUCAUGGCGGUGGAUGACACGCGGCUAGUUGACGGUGGUUGCAUGAUUCCCGGCCAAUACGACUGUGACUUUGAAAUCGACAGCUGCAGCUACACCGAUGCCACAGACGAUGAUUUUGAUUGGACGAGAUCCAGCUUCUCAACGCCCUCCCUUGACACUGGACCUUCUUUCGACCACACCACAGGAACUGUUCCCGGCCAAUACGACUGUGACUUUGAAAUCGACAGCUGCAGCUACACCGAUGCCACAGACGAUGAUUUUGAUUGGACGAGAUCCAGCUUCUCAACGCCCUCCCUUGACACUGGACCUUCUUUUGACCACACCACAGGAACUGGGGCUGGCUUUUACGUCUUCAUUGAGACUUCCUCGCCCCGAGUCGUCGGUGAGAAAGCCCGUCUUGAGAGUGCCACGGUCCCACCCACGCUGGAGAACUGUCUGGACUUCUGGUACCACAUGUGGGGAGAUGAUGUGGAUACGUUGAAAAUUUAUGCCAGGGCGGAUGGAGCCGGGCUGGGCUCACCUAUCUGGAUUCGAACAGGUACCAGGGAUGACCAGUGGUACCAGGGACGGGUUGCUCUUGCCAUGGCAACCCCGUAUAAGGUAAAGAAACUGAGCACGUGUCUGUUCCCAACAGUUCUAUAA